CUCUCUAUAAAUAUAGGCUAGGCUAGGACAACAGAGCUAAAAUCCAUUAUUUGUUUAUUUAUAAAAUGAUGAUGAGUAACAGCAAUAUGAGUAGAAGAUCAAGAGAGGGGAAUCCUACGACACCUAAACCAACAAUGAAAACUAUCAAGCGAAUGGAAUGGAUUAAUCCCAUAAGUUGGGCGGCUAAGCUACUUAGUUUGCUGCAUAUAAAAGGUAAAACUCGUCGUGCUGAUCUCCCUCGCAAUAUCAUCCUAGACAUACUUAGUAGACUUCCAGCCAAGCUGAUUUACAAGUGUCAAUGUGAGUCUAGACCUUUACAAGUUUUAACCACAGAAGUUGUGCAGAUCGUGGACAAUGAGUUGUUACUGAGACAACGGAAUAGACUUGUGCUUUAUAAUAUGCUUUCACAUGCUUGUAAGAUUUCUGAGAUAAUAGGGUCUAUGGAUAAAGGUAUUCGAGCAGUUGUUUAUGCUCCUAGAAUUGCUUCCUUUCACUUGUGAUAAUAACGCAUCCAUAAG